CCACCAACAACCACAGUUACAAUCACAGAGAGGGUUUUCUACUUGAGUGAGCUAGAAAAAGAAGAAGAAAAAGUAUGAUUUAGGGUUUCUCGUAAGAAAAGCUCUCUCCUUUUUUAGCCCAAGUAGAUCCAACACUGAAAAAUAUUUGAUUUUUUUUUGUUUUUUUGUUUUUUCGUUUUUUUCGUUUUUUUUUGCGGGGGGCUUGAAACACUUGAAUUUGUUACAUGGAUUCAACAUGUUAUGGUAUUCUGGCUUGCUGCAUCAUUGUGAGCAAGUUCAGGGUUAUUAUUUAGUGCUGUAGGAUUUCCUUUUUCCAAAAUUCAAUGGUGCCAGAAGGCUAGUGGAAAUAUGGACUGUUUCCAGACUAUUUGUUGUCUAAAGGGCUCACUAGGCCAUCAGUUCUUGUUAUUUAUCGUUUGGUUAUCCAGUUUCCAAGUUGCUGUGGCAUUGCAGACCCUUCUGGAGCCCAGUCAUGUUUCUUCUACAUCUGAGCUAGCAACUCCACCAAAUUUUGGAAUUUUUGGUCCUAUUGAAAUAUCACCUGCCAUUCUCCCACGUAACCCUUAUCCUGAUGAAUCUUUGGCUCCUAUGUACCCAACUUUUCCCACCACGUACAAGCCAAAUUUAACUGGCAAAUGCCCUGUAAAUUUCACCGCUUUGUCAAAUAUCAUAGACAAAACAGCAUCUGAUUGCUCUCAACCCUUGGCAGCUCUUGUAGGAAAUGUAAUAUGCUGUCCGCAGCUUGGCAGUUUGCUCCACAUCUUCCAGGGUUAUUACAGUGUCAACUCUGAUAAGUUGGUUUUGCAGAAUGCAGUUGCUGAUGAUUGUUUUUCAGAUAUCAUUAGUAUACUAGCCAGCAGAGGGGCCAAUAAAACUAUACCUACACUAUGCUCUGUUAAAUCAUUAAAUCUUACUGGUGGGUUGUGUCCAGUAAAGGAUGUUGUCAACUUUGAGAAAAUAGUAAAUACAAGCAAAUUACUGGAAGCCUGCAGUACCGUCGAUCCUCUGAAAGAGUGCUGUAGACCAAUUUGCCAAUCUGCAAUCACUGAAGCUGCUCUUGAGAUGUCUAGGACACAAUUGACAACCAAUGAUAAUGAAGAGUUAGUGAGCGAGCAUAAUCGUAAUGAUCCUCUUAGUGAUUGUAAAGGGGUGGUGUAUUCAUAUCUCUCUAGGAAACUAUCAGCAGAUGCUGCAAAUGCUGCAUUCCGGACAGUAUCUGCCUGCAAAGUUAACAAGGUUUGCCCUUUGAAUUUCACACGGCCUCUAGAAGUUAUCAAAGCAUGUCGAAAUGUAGCUGCUCCCAGUCCCUCCUGCUGUAGCUCAUUAAAUACAUACAUGGCUGGGAUACAAAAUCAAAUGUUAAUUACAAACAAACAGGCCAUAAUUUGUGCAACAGUUUUGGGGUCCAAGCUACGACAAGGUGGGGUCAUGACAAAUGUGUAUGAGCUUUGUGACAUUGACUUAAAAGAUUUUAGCAUCCAAGCAUACAGACAACAAGGGUGUCUACUUCGUAGCUUGCCUCCCGAUGUUAUAUUGGACAAUUCAACAGGGUUCAGCUUUACAUGCGACUUGAAUGACAACAUUGCAGCUCCAUGGCCUUCAUCAUCCUCCAUUUCAACCUUGUCUCUUUGUGCCCCAGAGAUGUCCUUGCCUGCCUUGCCAACAUCACAGAUCAAAAACCCUGGCAAUCGUGGUGGUGAGUUGGAGUUGCUGGUGCCCAUUUUUUCAUUUUUUAUUUUCAGUGCAUUGUUGUACUGAAGAGACUAGUCAAGGGCUUGAACCGGUUUGAAAUAGGUGGUGGUGUCUCUGGAAAUUUAACCUUGUGUGGGAAUUUUACUUGUAUAUUUUGAUGAGUAGCCUUCUUCAUGUAUAGCAGCUUUUCAUUUUUCUUUUGUUUCCAAAUCUAUUUUUGUCUCUAAUUUUGAUGAUUAUUGUUGGAAGACUUCAUAUUUGUAAGGAAAAUUUUCUGUGGGUG